UAUUUAGCUUUGAAGAUUAUUUUAGAACUAAAUUAAAUGGUAGUGCUUGUGACUUUAAGGCAAUCCUUAAAUUGAGGAGCAAAAUAAUAAGCACUCAAACUCCUUUUUCAAGUCACUCCUAAUUACUUGUUAAGAGCAAAUUCAAAACUUAUGGAGCUUUCAUCUCCACAUUCAACUUCUCCCUAUGUGACAGCACCAACAAGCCCAAGUUGUUACCAUAGCGCCCCUGCUAGCCCAGGUAAAAGGGUUGAUGGUGGUGAUUUUGAAUUUGAAACAAGCAAAAAGUUUGAUACAAGUUUUCAUGAGAACUUUGAUCAAUCGUGGGAUGGGAAACAAAGAGAGAUGGCAUUUGCGGAUGAGCUUUUCUCUAAUGGUCAUGUCAUGCCCCUUAAACUACCACCAAGACUCCAAUUCGAACGAUAUACUAACCAACGAUCGAUUACAUGUUCAACUAUCUCUCCAAGUUCUAUGGUUAAGUCCCCGUUUGCUCGACGGGACGUCGAUCCUUUUGUUGUUGCCAUGCAAAAGGUAAUGAAGGAAGAAAAUAGCACUUCAAAUCAUCACCAUAGGCGCACAAGGUCACAUUCACCAUUUAGAGUACAAAAUUUGGAAUGGACUAUUGAGGAGAUGAGAAAAGAAAUUGUUUCCAUGUCACCCAUUCAGCCUUCAAGCCCUAAUACAAGAAACCCCAUUGAGUCCAAGGCCAAGGGAGCAUCCUAUGGAAGAUGGGUUCUAAACCAUUCUAUGACUAUUGGGCCAACCUCAAAAGAAUCCAAGAACUUGCUUUUUGGAACAAAAGAACCCAAGCUCAAGCCCACUUCAAAUGGUGUGGCCCAAAACUCUAAUGAAGGGGAUGUGUUUGUGCAAACCAAAAUGCAAAAAUUCAAAGGAAUGCUAGUGAGAUAUGCAACAUUUGGGAAGGAGAACAAUGAAGGAAAGAUGAUAAAUCCAAUUUCAGCACUGUGGAAGCCCAAUUACUUCAAGAAGUUGAGUUUCAAAUUCAAGGGGAAUAAAAAGGUAAAUGGAGGGGAGUCAAAGUUGGUGAUUGUGAAGUACAAACCAGCACUUUGUUUGGGUUAUGGACUUGAAAGUCCUAGGAAUAUGGAGCAAGCUUAGAUAAAGAGAUAAUCCAUCAAUAGUGUUUGUGGUUCUUUAUUUUUUUUCUGAAAUGUAAACUUGAAAAAAUUACUUAAACAGUGGAAGGAAAGAGUG